GCAGUAGUAUUUCUUAUCGAGUACAAUGAAGGCUGCUCUGUUCUUUGUUGCUGCACUGGUCGCAGUAGCGGUGGUCCAAGGACAACCAGAAGAGUCGACCACCGCCGCCAACCAGGGUGAAGAACAGCCGUCCUCCACCAUCCCGGCUGUGAGAACGUUGGUGGCGGCGUCGUACACGGAAGAAGACGAAGAUACCAUUUGCGUCCAGGCAGACAACAAGUUCUACUUGUAUGCCAAUUCACUGAAGCUGUAUUCUUGCUAUCACCUACUACCGAGGGUUUACGUGGUGAAACCAAAGAGUCUGUGUAAACCAGUCCUGUCAGACUGUCCCAAGAACUAGGAGUAUUGCAAGUGUGUCGGCUCAUCCUGGAGGAGCUGACUCUCUGGGAUUGAGUGAAGACGAGAUGGCUGUGCUGUUGACUGAAGACAUCAACACUUUUCACAGAAAGCAACAAAUUCCAAGAGUGUAGAACAUACCUCUUUUACUAACAACAAAUACCGGUGGAAUGGGCUAAUCCUCUUUUAUGAUAGUUUCUGAUUGCUUCACGAUAUGCAGUAAAUCAGCUUUACAAUCAGUUUAUAAAUUGAGUGGAAAGAUUAUUGUUUAAAACAUGGUUUUGCCUGUUCUUUUUUUUAUCUUUCUGUUGGCCUUAUAAUAGUUUUGUCCUGACACAAUAAAACUGUACUUUCAUGUCGUCAACUGGACUUUUCCACUUCGAUCACUCAAACUGCCGGUAAAAGACAUCGAAUUGUAAUGUGUAACAUGGCGUUGUCUGACGUAACCUCAUCAGUGCAUCAGAGACAACGAAUUCAAAGUGUUCACCCACACGCAGAGCACCCUCUCCUUCACCGUGACAAUGCUAGUCUAGACACGAGCGUAGCGACGUCUUCAACUAGCCGACGCCUCUGGUUCAUCGACAUCUAUCAUCGUACAUUCAGUUCCGGCUUUGUCCCAGUCUGUCAUUAUCUGCUUCCAGAGCCGAAGGAACACCUUUGAGGACUCCACUUUGAUAGCAAUGAAGUGGUGCAGGUAGUCGACAAUGUCAGACAUUCUACAGUGACAGCAUAAUCAUACCAGUUUCUCGUUAUGUGUAAUGUGUUCGCCGUCAGGGCGACUAUGUUGAGGAGUAGACGUUUAGAUAUGAAGAAUAAAGCUGUAGAAUGUUA